AUGCCAGAGAUCUUCAAGCCCAGCUGGUCGUUCGAACAGAUCGGCAUCGGCGGCCUCGACGACCAGCUGUCGGACAUCUUCCGCCGCGCGUUCGCGCCACGCGUGCUUCCGCGCAAUGUCACCCAGGAGCUCGGCAUCGACCCCGUGCGAGGCAUUCUGUUGCACGGGGCGCCUGGGUGCGGUAAGACGCUGAUCGCCAAGAAGCUGGCCAAGGUGCUCAAGAGCAAGAAGCCCAUCUACGUCAAGGGUCCCGAGAUCUUCGACCCGCUGGUGGGCCGCGCCGAAGAGAAGAUCCGCGAGCUGUUCGCGCCGGCGCUGGCCGACUACCGCAAGUUGGGCGAUGACAGCGAGCUGCACGUGGUGAUCAUGGACGAGAUCGACUCCAUCGCCGCCAAGCGCGGCAUGCGCCAGGGCGGCACCGGCGUCGACGAGCGCGUGGUCACCCAGCUCCUCUCCAUUCUCGAUGGCGUCGAGGACAUGAACAACAUUCUGGUCAUCGGCAUGACGAACCGGAUCGACAUCAUCGACCCGGCCAUCCUGCGCCCCGGCCGCCUCGAGAUCCACGUCGAGAUCGGCCUGCCCGACGAGAAGGGCCGGCUGCAGAUCCUCGAGAUCCACACGACGCGCAUGCGCGAGGCCAAGCGGCUGGCGGCGGACGUCGACCUCAAGACCCUCGCGCUGCAGACCAAGAACUUUACCGGCGCCGAGCUGUCGAGCCUGGUCAAGAACGCUUCCGGUACCGAGUGGGGCGAGUGGGGCGAGUGGGGCGAGUGGGGCGAGUGGGGCAAGAAAGUGGUGACUGAUUUGUUUGUAUUGUUUGAAUGGAAUGCAGCGUUUGCGUGUUCGCGCGAGAUCAACGACCCGAUCAACCAGGACCAGGGCAUGGCCAAGGCCAACCCCAUCGUCAACGCCAAGGACUUUGACAAGGCUUUCGACCAAUCCGAGCCCGCAUUCGGCCGCUCGGGCCAGAGCUUCAAGAACUGCAUGCGCAACGGGAUCAUCCACUUCAGUCCCGCCUUCACCGAAGUCCUGGAGGACGCGCGGCUCUUUGUCCAACAGACGGUGACGAGCUCGCACACGAAUCUGGUGUCGGUGCUCCUGGAGGGGGAGCCCGGGUGCGGCAAGACGGCGGUGGCGGCCAUGCUGGCCCUGGAGAGCGGCUUUCCGUUCGUGAAGCUGCUGUCGCCGAAGGACUUCGUCACCUACAACGACGUGGCCCGAUGCCAGCUCAUCAACAGCACCUUCCUCGACGCCCACAAGUCGCCGCUCUCCGUCAUCGUCAUCGACGACAUCGAGCGAUUCCUCAACUACUCGCCUGUGGGACACCGAUACUCGAACGAGAUCCUACAAGCGCUGCUGGUUCUCAUCCGCAAGGAGCCGGCGAACGAGGUACAGCCCACAUGCUCCAUGCGAGGCCUCACAAGGCGGACAGUGCGACUUACGUCAGUCGAAUCAUUCCGUGUACACCAGAACAAGAAGCUGCUCAUCCUGGGCACCACCAGCAAGCGCGAUGUGCUUGAGGCCCUGGAGCUGAGCCAGAUGUUCGAUUCUGUUCUGCGCCUGCCCACCAUCACCAAGGGCGAGGAGAUGGCCCGCGUGCUGGCCGAAAUCGAGGGCUACUCGGAGGCGGACAUCAAGGAGAUCACGCGGCUGCACAAGGAGGGACAGGCGGUGCCCGUCCGCAAGCUGUUCCUUGUCGCCGAGCGCGCCCUGCAGGAGUCCCGGGGCAAGGCCAAGAGCGUGGUCGAGUGCUUCUUCAAGUGCAUGCUCGACUACGGCCUGCGCCGCAAUAGUCGACAUUACAAAUAG